AUGGAUGAAGAGGACGAACGGGAAUUCAGCAAGUCAAUAGUGUUCGGUUUUCUUGAACAAGCAGAACAAACAUUUACCAAGAUGGAUGCUGCGAUGAAGGACAAGAACCUGGCGGAACUCUCAAGUCUGGGCCACUUCCUCAAAGGCUCCUCUGCCACGCUGGGUUUUACCAAGGUGAAGGAUGAAUGCGAGAAGAUUCAACACUAUGGACACAAGAAGAACGAGACCGGCGAAUCCGACGAGCCUGACGAAGACAAGUGCCUUCGGUUGAUCGGGGAGAGUAUUGCUGAAGCCAAGCGGGCUUAUGAAGUCGUCAACAGUCUCAUGAAGCAGUUCUACGCCGAGGCCUAG